AACGUUUAUAUAAUGGAGCGCCCUCUGGUUGUACUGAUCCUUCCGAAAAUCCAUCCUCAAAUGAUUCCCCCUGAUCUCCAGCCCCUGCUCGUUUUUGUCAACAUCAAGUCUGGUGGCUGUCAGGGCAUUGAACUCAUGACUGCAUUCCGCCGUCUCCUGAAUCCUUUCCAACAGAGGUACCAAAAAUGCUUUCGUGACGAAGAUGCUAUAACCAGUCACACCCAGGCCACCUUCGGCGAAACAACACAUCUCCUUCUCUUCAGACCGUUUGUGGUAAUAGAGUUCGAGUGCGGGAGUCUCUGUCCCCACUCCUGCGUUCAGGCUGUUGUGGGGCACCCGUUGGACAUCAUCCGAAUUGACUCUCAGACCGCCAGGGUUUUUAACCUUGACUAUGGGGGACCGUUGCCGGGCCUGUUCUGCUUUCGACAAUUGCCCUCUUACAAAAUUGUUGUCUGCGGUGGUGACGGCACCAUCGGAUGGACUCUCUCCUGCCUGGACAGUGUUGGACAGGACGCCUGCUGUCACUCUCCACCCAUCGCUGUCCUGCCGCUCGGUACCGGCAACGAUUUGGCUCGAGUCCUCAACUGGGGUGGCGGCUACACCUCUGCCGAGGACCCGUUACAAAUCCUCAAGAACAUU